AUGAGCAAAGAGACAACUGCUGCAAACGGAAAACCCAAGGGUCUGCUCUGGAGAGAUUCGUCAUAUGCUCAUGAUGGGCUGGCCGGGGGAGGGGGGGGCGGAAGUACAGCAUCGAUGGACUUGACGCCUUGGCUCCACCAGGAGAUUCGCAAAUCAACAAAGGAAUCACUCACGAAGAUUUUCGGCGUGACAAUUUUCUUUGGAAUAAAGAACUAG